GGGGAAGCAUCCCCCCCCGAGCAGGGGGUGUCUCCUGGAUCCCACUCGCUGACUCAGGGUAAAGUUUUUUAUAGGUUCAAGGUAAUUUUUUUACAUGUUUCAAGAUUUAGGGUUUAUGGUUUAGUUUUUUACAGGAUAGGGUUCAGUUUUUUUCUAAGUUUAAGGAUUCGGGGUUUAAGGUACACAAGUGGAGAAAGGGAAUGUUCAGGAUUCGGGGUUCAGGAUUUAGGUUUUAGGGUUUAGAGUUUAGUUAAAAAAAGGGUAAUGUCUAUCGCCGCCGAACACAAGUGGAGAAACCACCAAUUGCAUCGCCGUCGGAUGCAAACCCAGAAUCACCACCCAUCGUUGUCGGUUGCAAACCCAGAACCACCAAUUCUAUCGUCGUUGAACACAAGUGGAGAAAGCGAAUGUUUUGGGCUUCCUUCGUUUAUUGCAGAGGAAGAAAGGGAAUGAAUUUGCAGAGAAGGCAGAGAGCACUUUGUUGCUUAUAGAUUUUUGUUAGGAAUAAAUACUCAACGAAACAUGUAUUUAACAUAAAAUGUUACCAGUCUAAUUGGUUAGGACUUUGUUUUGCGAACAAGAGAUCCAUGGUUCGAGUACAUCCAUGACCUUUUGUUUAAGGUUAUUUUCAAUUUCAUCUCUUAAAACUAAGAAUUUGUUCAUAUGUAAAGAAAUUUUCCCGACAAGCGAAAUUUGUAAAUAAUGUUCUAUAUGUGACAACGUUGUUUGCAUAUUAUCGACAACAUAUGAAUUCUUCACAGAAAGUGUUUUCCUCACGAAGUUUUUUCAACGAAAUAAUCAUUUGUGAUGGCCAUUUUGUCGAGUCACUUUUCUAACAAACUUUUAUCGAGACCAAAUACGUUCCCUCAUAAAAACGUUUGUCUUUCUGAGAGAUAGGGAAAUUCCUAACAAACAAUACUAUUUCCAAAAACAUUUUCUGAUGAAAAUAUGUGUCCUCAAAAAAACAUAUUCAUGAAUUUUCCCCUCCUUUUCGGCGUAAAAAGAAACAUAUUAUUUCUUACGCCUAUUUCAAUUUGGUCAUAAAUAAUUUGUAUUUGUGACAAAAGUUGAAAUGUCCUUAGUAAAAGUUAGAUGAAGUUCCUCGUAUUUGUUAUUUUCACUUUUAGUGACAAAUGUUUUGGGCUUUAUUGACGAGGAUUGAUGUUUGUCACAAAUAUUUUACGUUUUUAUGAGGACGAUAAAUUUUUGUCACAAAAAAGUUUAUUUCCAACCAAAAAACAGUGUCGUCAGAAAGAUUCCGUCACUUCUGCCUGUCUUUUUUGUAGUGAUGUUAAGUUGGAAUCCACGCGGCGAUCAAUUUUGGUUUUAAUUUUAAAUCUAAAAAAUAAUGAUUUACGAAAGAAAAGGAAAAAUAACCCUCAGUCCCGACUUAUCACCUCCCUCAGCUCCUCUGGUCUCUCCCUUGUCCCCCUUCUCCACCCGACGAAGCCAGCUGAAGACGAAGAGAGAGUGACACUUCAAUCAUUCGUCAAUCUUUUGCUGAGAAAUCUUCUAGCAAUGUAAGGUGGUUCAAGUUUUCCGAUUUGAACCCUACCCCUUUCGAAAUUUUUGGUUUGGUUACAAAAUCCUUUCUUCAAAAUCGAACCCUUUCUGUAAUUUUAGGGUUUCUUCAUCAAUUUGCCAAAAGUGAAGAAAAUGCUGGGAUUGAGGAUCGAUAAGUUCAGUUUCUUUAAUUGAGAAUAGAAAACCGAACACAAAUUAUGCCUUGAUUGCUUCUUGCUUCUCUGGUGCAUAUGGCUUCUAUGAUGCUUCUUGUUUCUCUGGUUCUUUUGGUGGAUACGGAUGCUAGAGGGAAGAGACGGCUGCAGCGAGGCCCAACGACGGUGGCGGCCAGGCUCAGAGGCGGCGGCGAGGCUUUGCACGGCGAUGACGAGGAUAGAGAAUCGAUUCUCUCACCGCUAGGGUUUUUCCAGCAAGCCUUGUUCAAUCUCCCUUCGUUGGUUUAAAAGAGAAGAGGAACGAGGAAACUAUUAAAUUGAUAAAUCAAAAAUAAAAAAAAACAAUAGACAAAAUUUUAAGAUAUCAGAUGUGGAGCUGAUGUGUUUGCUGAGUUGAAGCACUAUUAACAAAAAAACUAAUGGUAACAGAAUUAAUGCUAAUAUAUUUCGAUGCAUUACAAAACGUUUGGCUAAUAAUUAAUAUUUCGAUAUUUUUGGCUAAUAUUAUAGAAUGGGGAAAAUUUUUGGCUAAAAAAUAGUAUUUACCCUUUUAUGUUUAGUAAACCUAACUUAUGAACACUUCAACUUAUGUUUUUAAUUUAAUUUUUAUAUUGGUUGUUGAUAAUUCGAUACGAAUAUUCAGAUAAAAUUGGAUCAGUUUAUCAUACCAAAAAAUUAUAUUUGAAAUAAUCAACUAAUGACUUUCACUAUGGUUCACAUCUUCUUUCGUCAAUCUUUGAUACUGAAAUUUAGUCACACCACUCAUCUAUUGUCCAGAUGAUUCAGUGAUAUAUCACUUCAUCUUAAUACAAAAUUGUGCACUAGUAUAGUCAAUUAUUAAUACUUGAAACCACACACACCACUCAUCUCAUAUCCAAAACAAUUUAGUGAUCCAUCACUUCUUCUUUGUACAAUAUAGUUGCCUACUAGUAUUGUCAAUUAUUAGUACUUGAAACAACUCACCACUUAAUUAGUAUCUAGCUCCAACUCAUUUGUCUACAUAAUAUAACUUCUUAAGUGGAAAAAAAUUCACCCCACUCUUCUCUUCUCUCAAAUUUUCCACAACAAAUCAUCAUGUAUUCAUCUCAAUCUUCAUCAUCAUAUGAGCAAAAGUAUGGAUAGCUUGAAAUGUUUGAUCAUGAACUCUAGCUAGCUUGGACUCGAGCAAAUGUAUGAUGAGGAACGUGCGCCACUUCCUUGAAAGUUUGGCAUUCUCUACUUCACUAGAAAUUACAAAGAAGUUUUUCAUCAACGCUUGGGGAAUGAUUACUUUGGUCAAAAUGAAAGGAGACCAAAAUACGAUGAGCAAACCUUUAGAAGGUGUUGAUAAAGACAAUCAUCGUCAACCGAUCGUGGAGCAUCAGCGUUGAAAAAGACGAUAUUGUUCUUCGCUAAGAGCGCCAUGCGCAUCGAACGAGCCCAAGAUUGAUAAUUUCCGCCAUGCACGAGUGUCGAAACAAGAACUAGAGCAUGAUUAUAGCUCUCGUUGAGGUAGUAGAGAUGAUUAUAUUAGCAUCAAUAUUGAUCUCCAGAGGAACUAACAGAGCAGUCACCAUCGAUCAGAUGAAGUAGAAAGCCGAGAAAUCGAAUAAAAAACGGAAGAAAACAAUCCCUUGUGGCUUUGAUACCGUGCUAGAUUCAAGAAUUUAGAUUUGCAAAAGAUGAGCUGACUAAUGCAAUUUAGAUUGAUUAGAGACAAGUGAGGUACGUUUUAAUGUACAACAAGUAUAUACCAACAACCAAAUUACUAACUAGUGCCUGCAAUCUACAAAAUUACAUAUAACUACCUGAAAACAACAAAAUUACACUUUGUAUCCUAUACUACUAAUAUUCAAGAAGGCAUAAUUUCGCAUACGCCUAGGCGCGUAUAAUCGUCAGGCAGUGGCAAAACGUCUCACCUAGACACUAGGUAGGUACUUAGGCGUUCGUCGCCUAGGCAGAACUAGCACGAUUAAUUGAUGUGAGACGUGAUAAAUCAAAGUGAGGAACGCUUAAGCGUGUUGACAGGACAAUGAUUAAAACAAUUUUGUAGCUAAUCUUUCCAAAAUUAUCUACAAUCCACGACUUCCAUAAACUUGUUAUUCUAUG